AUGAAGUUUCGCUACUCUACCGAAGUAGAUGCCAGCGUCUACGUGACCGAAGGGCUUGGCUAUGGGAUUCCGCUUCGCACACAUAAAGACCAAGCUAAAGAGAUCGAGGGCACGCUCCGGGCCCAGAAAGACUGGAGCAACCACGUCGAUGCUGUCGACGGAUACCAUGGAGGCCUCGGGGAUCCUUACAGCUUCAUGUGCGUCACUGUCCCAGAGUGUCUGCCUGAGAGACUUGAGGUUAUCUCCUACGCAAACGAGUUUGCCUUUCUUUACGACGAUGGGCUGGAGCGGUUCGACCUGAAAGAGGGCCUGGGACGCACUGCCGGGUUCCUGGACACGUUCGGUGCUGGCGCUCUAGACUUGAAGAUUGACCCCGGAGCACGGCCCGAGAAACGACUACAGGCGCAACUGUUCUCGGAGAUGAUGGCAAUAGACGCCAAACGAGCAAUCACGUCUAUGAAGGCAUGGGCACGAUUCGUUCAGUCCGCGGCUCGCACGAGAUCAGCCCCAUUUGAGACACUGGAUCAGUACAUGCCUGCGCGGGCGGUCGACGCUGGCGAGCUGAUCUGGUUCGGUACACUGACCUUCGGGAUGGCCCUGACCAUCCCAGAUGGAGAGAUGGAUUUGUGUAUGGAGAUGGCCAGGCCGGCUUACAUAGCUCUGGGUCUUGUGAACGACCUGUAUUCAUGGAAAAAGGAAGAGGCUGACGCCAUCCGGGCGGGCCAGGACUACGUGUUCAACGCUAUCUGGGUCAUCAUGAAGGAACGGUCGGUGGAUGAAGCAGAUGCAAAGGACAUAUGCCGCGAGGAGGCCAUCAAGGCCAUCGCCACAUACUCCCGCACCGUAGAGGAAGCAAGACGGGACGCUUCAUUGUCGCGCGACCUCCGAAUUUACCUGCAUGCUGUUCAACUCAGCUACAUUGGGAAUGUGGUUUGGAGUAUAUACUGUCCUAGAUACCGCGAGUUUUAG